AUGAUCGGUCGCAGCUGGCUGCAGGGCGCAUGCAACCGGAUUGCUACCUGCCUGCGGCUGGGUCUGUCAAGUGGGCGGCAAAUUUUCCGCGGCGAUCUUACCCGCCCGCCAGCUCUCGGCGUAACGACGAAGACUCUCAUCGAAGAAGCCAUGUGUGUCGAGAGACGAGACGCGACUGGGCGGAUCACGGUAAACCGCGAGUAA